GUCAACCUUCGGGUGGCGUCGGACGCCGGGGCGCGGGCCGCGGGCCGCGGGGUCGCCGCUUUGAGAAGCGUUAGGCCGGGACGUGGGGACUCGGGGCGGUGCUGGGGGCGGCAGCGCGCCGCUCACACCCAUGAGGAGCCGGAAGCUCGCAGGUGCCGUGCGGUCCUCAGCGCGCCUCCGAGCCCGCCGCUGCUCAGCCAGGUUGGCCUCUGCCCGGGAAGCCGGCCCCGCCACGUCUGCCGGGACGCUAUGCCAGGCCUCGUCACGCAAAGCUGCCGACAGGCGAAUUUCCAAGAAGUUCAAGUAUGACAGAGGCCAUCUUGUGAAAUCAGAAUUACAGAAACUUGUCCCGAAGGGUGAAAGCCUUGGGCUGCCCAAGAUCCCCCCCAGGAGCCCUUGUAACAAUGAGUCUCUGGGGUUCGCUGAAGACCAGGGGCUACCUCCAGGAAAGGGAGCGGGGGCUCCUGCCCAGCCGGAGGCCACAGGGCCCCACCUCGGGGCCCGCACAGCUGUGGGCGACGCCAGCCCCACGGAGACUGAGGAUGGCCUGUGCCUGCCCACACCCGGGGUCCUUCCAGGGGAGGAGCCUUACGGCAGCCAUGCCACACGGGGCGGGUCGGCGGAGCAGGCGCCGAGGCCCCUGCUACAGACGGACGACAGCGUCUUUCUGGACGAGGACAGCAACCAGCCCAUGCCCGUGGGCCGGUUCUUCGGAAACGUGGAGCUCAUGCAGGACCUUCCUCCAGUGUCUUCGUCCUGUCCUUCGAUGAGCAGACGGGAGCUCCGGAAAAUGCACUUCAGAGCCAAAGAUGACGACGACGACGACGACGGAGCCGAGAUGUAGAGAAGCUGCACGGCGGUUCCUUGCGCAUUUAACACCCUUAGUAGUUUUGACAGUUUAGCAAGUGACGAGAUUUAUAUCAAUUGUCUCCCAAGAAAAUGUGUUCUUAGCCAGAUGCUGAAACGGACCCAUGAAGGUCCUCGGGCAGGACAACGGGUGCCUGGAGCGUCGACACUCGUGACCCGGAGCCAUCUCUCAGACUGGCCUCCGCGGCUCCACGCCUUUUCUGGAGUCUACGGCCGCGCUGCCCGGGGUCCGUGGGAGAGACCCUUCCCAAGAACACGCCUCCCUCGGCUCUCUGGCUUGGCUAAGGCGUGAGUUUAUUUUCCAUUAUCAGAAGCGGGUCACUCUUGUGAUCGAGUCAGUGCCAGCUCUUGAAGGCGCCUCCUUUACCCUGUACACGGAGCUGCGGUUUACCUCGGAAACUUGCAAAGUACGUAUAAUAGAGAAAUAAAAUAUAUUUUGAAAAUA